CCAGGUGGAGUACGACAAUGUUUGACAAAGACUUAAAAACAUUUCUUAGUCCUCAUUAUAUUUUUAACGGUUUCUUGUCUUUUUCAUAUUUAUUUUUCAAACUCACUCCACCGAUAUGUGAUUACGUAUUUCCAAGGGACGAGUGCAAAUUGAGUUGGGAUGACUCCAACCUGUACCUUUUUCUAUUGUGUGUUAUCGUUAUUAAAAACCGAAAGACAUACAAUUGGUUGCAGUACAUCAGCACAUCAUUUAUAUUUGCUAAGAUUGCUAACGGUGUAUUAUUCCUACGAGCAGAUCCAAGAUGGGCUGCGUUAUACGGUAUAGUCUGUAUUGUGAUAUUUGUAAUUUUCCCAGAAUCAGCUUACUCUGGUCCAGAUAGCAUAACAUAUUUCAGUGGAGACACGCUUGAGGAACAACUGGAAAAAGAUCGCAAGAAAUAUUGGUUGGUAGAAUUCUACGCUGGUUGGUCACCUGCUUGCGUUCGAUUCUCAUCAAUAUUUGCAGAGCUCUCCGUCAAAUAUUCCAAUGAGUAUUUAAAGUUUGGUAAAUUUAAUGCUGGAAGUUCACCCGAAAUUGCCGAAAAGUUUAAAGUUAAUGCGUCUGCCAUGUCCAGACAAUUACCUACGUUGUUAUUAUUUCAUAAUAAUAAGCCGCAAAUGAGAGUUCCUGUCUGGGACAACAAAGGACGAGUUGAGAAAUACUCAUUUAGUGAGAACAGUAUAGUCUAUGACUUUGACCUGAACAAAUUGUAUGAGGAAACAACGAAAAUGUGUAAAGAUAAGAAAUCAAAGAAGAAAGCAGAUGCUGUGAAAGAUGAAAAAGAAAAAAAAAAUGAUUGA